CCUCCCCCUCUUCCCCCGUCAGCCCUUCACCUGCUGAGGUAUAUAAGGCAGGGCGAGGGAGGGAGAGAGGUUCUGUUCACCUUCCCUCUCACUCUCCGUAAGGCUCACACACGCGACACACACGCACGACAUGAAGGUCCUCAUCUUGCUGGCGUUGGUGGCGGCGGCGGCGGCGGCCAAGCUGGGGAGGCUGGAGGACCCCGAACUGAUCAAGGAGCCCCCACCACCCCCCAAGCCCUACAACUUCGGGUUCGAGGUUCGAGACGAUUUAACGACGAACUACCAGAACCGCGCUGAGGUGUCUGACGAUGCGGGUCGAGUCAAGGGAUCCUACAGUUACGUGCUUCCCGAUGGCUUCGUCUACACCAUCACCUACGAGGACAACAGGGACGGAGAGGGCCUGAAGGCCGUGGUGCGCAAGGAACCCUCAGGCAUCGACGUCAUCAUCCCCGAGCCCAAGCCCAGGAAGAAGCCCGUGCAGUUACUCUAAUGAGGGAGCCCCACCUGUCCCGCGUACCUGUGGGGGCGCGUUACCUGCCCCCUCCCACCCUCCUUUUUCUACGUUGAUUAGGAUAGUUUAAUGUUAAGAAUAUGUACGGAAAUUCCUCCCCUCUAUCUCUCUCUCUCUCUCGAAGCAUCAUGAAGCUAAACAGACGCCACCAGACACUCCCGUCAUAGUUACCGUUUAAGUACAGCUAUUGACGCCCUGGAUCAACUAUUUUGCCUCCCUGUUGGUCACAAUAUACUGGUGGCCCUGGAGGUCGUUGGGGCUCACGGUGUAGGAGAAAACGGAACACGUGGCAAAUGUAAACAAGCGUUGACCUGCUCCCUCCCCCGCAGUGUGGCGUCCAUUCUCCUGAGUCAGUGAGUGAGGGAGGUCCGAGGGAACGUUCGAUUUUUCCUUAACUCCUUUUUCUUGUCUUCUUAGUUCUGUUGUAUUGUGAUGAUUUAGUACUGUGAAAUAAUUAUUUGAUUAUUUAUAAAUUCAUGCUUACAGGUGUACAGCAAUCACGAAAAUAUUUUUAUGGGAAACUCACGUAUUUUCAUAUAAAAAAUUCAUACCUCUAACGAUGGUUUCUGAAUGCCACUAUAUUUUUCUUACCUAUUGUGUUGUGUUCAAUAAUGAGAACAGCAAUAAUCUGCCACUGUCAUUGUAUUUUGGUGUACCAUGGCUUCAACAAGAAUGUAAUUGCAUUUAUCUGUGUACUCUCUCUCUCUCUCUCCAAAAAGGAUCACAAACUACGUACACAUCUGGACUGACUUUUCAUUGUGAAUAAAAACUCAAAUGUU